AUGUCAGAAAGAAAGGCAAUAAACAAAUAUUACCCACCGGAUUACGAUCCCUCAAAAAUCCCAAAAAAGAAGAAUGCAAAGAAGACGGGACCCGCCUCGUGGCCUACGGUCAGAUUGAUGACCCCAUUCUCUCUCAAAUGUACAACCUGUGGAGAAUACAUAUCCAAGUCCAAAAAGUUCAAUGCGAAAAAAGAAACCACCGAUGAGACGUAUUUUGGAGUCAAGGUGCUUUGUUUCCAUAUCAGAUGCCCCCAGUGUUUUGCCGAAAUUGUAUUUAGAACCGAUCCCAAAACUGCAGACUUUGAGACUGUUAGUGGGGCAGUGCGAAACUACGCGCCUAAGAAACAAGAGCAAAAGAUAGAAACGUUUGACGAAACUCUUCAGAGACUUGAGAGAGAGGAGAAGCAGGAACUGCUCGAAGAAACUGGUGAAACUGAGGAGACAGCUCUGGAGCAAUUAGAGAGAAGGUUAGCAGAGCAACAGAGGGAGCAGCAACUAGCAGAUGAGCUAGAGGAGCUAAGGAGUAAAAACUCUAGAAGAGAAGAGGCCAAUGGAGUUGACAACAAACUCGUCUUGAAGGCUGCUGCUUUGAUUCAGAACAAACGAGAAAGAGAAGAUGAUGAUGAUGGAAAAGAGGCCAGAGAGGCAUUUGAAAGUUUCAAAAAGAAGCAGAUUUUGCAGGCCCAGAAGGUGAAACUUCCCGUUCGCAAGAAAAAUAAGCUGGGUGUCAUUAUUAAGAAAAAGGUUUGA